GUUUUUAAGUCCAGUGGGGCGGAGCUUUGUAGAGACAGCGCGAGGAGGAAAAAAUGUGUAGCCUUACUCUCUCCCUCCUCCAGAAUCAGACGCGCGGCCGCCUCUGCCUGACUGCCUCUGUGGCCGUUUAUCGCUCUUUGUUCAAAAGUUGAAAACUGAAGAAUCGUAGUGUUGUAAAAUGGGAAAGAAAGCGAAAACCUCAAGGAAGGGUAAGAAAGCUUGGAGGGCUAACAUAAGCACGGAAGACAUUGAAAAUUUCUUUGAGAAAUCAACAAAAGACGCUCUUUCCGGUGGCUCCCUUCAGGCUGUUUCCAGUGAUUCCCUCUUUUUCGAAGACAAAUCCAAAGAUCUUGCGGUAAAGAAGAAGAUUGAAAAGCACAGAGAAAAAGUGCUCCGUGUUGAUAGCAUACUACAGAAAAACCAGUUUGUUAUUCCAGUGCCAUCUUCUACUCUGAAGAAGAGCUCUAAAAACCGGAAAGUGGUGUCUAAAAGUUUAGCCACCAAUCAAGAUAGUCAUAAGGAUGAUUCCAUUUUAGAUUCUGGCAUGUUUGAUAUGUGGGCUGAUAAAGAUGAGGACAACAAGAAGGGGAAAAAGGUGUCAAAGCCUUCUCUUAUUCCAGCGGUAGAGGUUGAUCCUCCAGGAUGCUCAUUUAAUCCCUCACAUGAAAGUCAUCAGGACAUGUUGGCUUCUGCUGUUGCGGAAGAAAUGCAAAAAAUAUACAAAAACGAAUUGGGUCCUGAACCAGUGCCUUUAACUGUUCCUGGAGAAGCUAUUUCUGAAGAAGAUAUGUAUUUUCUUGACGUGGAUGAUGGGAGUGACAACGAUGAAAAUAAUGUUGAAAAUGAGGGUGAAAAUGGAGAUGCUGCAUCCGAGAAAAUGCCCAUUAGAGCCAAGAAAGUGACUAGAGUUGAGUUGAAUAAGAGAAUUCGACGCAAAGAACAAUUGAGAAAAGAAGCUGAAGCAUUGAAGUUAAAAAAAUUAUCAAAAGAAAUUGAUUGCAUCCCAAAACUUGUUAAGGAAAUUAAGAAUGAAGAUGAGGAAAAAAAGAAAAGACAUAUUAGGCGACAGGUUGCGAAACAAGAUAGGUUGAAGGCAUGUCCACCUCGCUUAGGAAAGCACAAGUUUGAGCCUGCUCCGGUUCAAGUUUUAUUAAGUGAAGAGAUAACUGGUUCGAUCCGAAAGCUUAAGGGCUGUUGCACCCUUGUAAAGGAUCGGUAUAAAAGCCUAGAGAAGAGAGGAUUGAUUGUUCCAAAACCCAGGAGAAGGAAUUAGAGUCCUCUUCGAUGUUGGCUCCUAACUUAAGAUGCUCCACAUUCAAGGUUUGAUAUGUGGCAAGAAGAAAUGUGAUGGAUGAAAGAUUAAAACAGCUUUUUUAAAUGAAAUUUUGGUUUUUGUCUAAAUUUUUAUUGAAUUUUCAGUUGUAAGAAUAUUGAUAUCUUAUGCAUUUUUAUUUGAUAUUUUGCUUGCAAUUUUAUUGGAAAGCAAAAUAGGAAAAGUGAGGAAGUUAUAUUAACAAAAUAGGAAGUUAUAUUAUCACUCACUCAUAUUUGAUAUUUUGCUUGCAAUUAUAUUAUGACUCAUUUCUGCAUUGCUA